UUCUUCAACAACUGCAGCCACGUCGGUAGCUCGCUAGCCAACAAAGUCGGAACAUUCAAGUUCUUCAGACAAUUUCGUGGUUUAUUUGCCACUAUGAUUUAAACAUACGUAUGUGGAAACAACUAGCUACCCAAUUUAAUGUAAUAUUUGCGUUGUAAGUCAACUAGCUGGCUGGUUAAGUUAGCACUAGUCUAGUCGCUAAUGCUAACUAGCUAACAUCCCCGACCAUGAGCUCACUAAGCUACUCUCCUCCUGAUAAAGAAGAGGUCUGCUGGACGGAGAAAGAAGCUCUCGAGGAAGAAGAGGCUGUUACAAUACAAAAACAAGUAGAGGGUGAAGCUGUUACCGUGAAAGAAGAAGAGAAAGACGUUACAGAGAAAGACCCCUUCAGAGUGAAAGAGGAGGAGGAUGUUACUGUGAAAGAAGAGGAGGCGGACGUUACUGUGAAAGAAGAGGAAGAUGCAGUUUUUGGAGUGGAGGAUGAAGUGAAAGAAGAUGAAGACGUUUUUGGAAUGAAGGAUGAAGAGGGGGAGAUUACUGUCACAUUAGAGGAGGACGAAGAAGAGAAGACUGGAGAACUGAUUAACACCAGAAAAUACAGAGAGAGACGGGACCAUCGUGGAUCCUCUGGGGAGCCUCAACAACAUCAUGAUGCUGACGAGGCAGAGAAGAGUCUCUCCAGAUCAGAACACCUCAAGAAACACCUGCAGAGACCCACAGGGAAGAAAUCGCAUUGCUGCUCUGACUGUGGGAAACGUUGCAAAUCUUCAUCAGAACUUAAAAUACACCAGCGAGUGCACACAAGAGAGAAGCCUUACAUCUGUGAUCAGUGUGGCAAGAGUUUUACUCAGUUAAGCAACCUGCUAUCACACCAGAGAACACACACAGGAGAGAAACCUUAUAGCUGUGAUCAGUGUGGCAAGAGUUUUGCUCAGUCAAGUAGCCUGGUAUCACACCAGAGAACACACACAGGAGAUCAGCCUUAUAGCUGUGAUCAGUGUGGCAAGGGUUUUACUAAUUCAAGAAAGCUGGUAUCACACCAGAGAAUACACACAGGAGAGAAGCCUUAUAGCUGUGAUCAGUGUGGGAAGAGUUUUACUCGGUCAACCAACCUGGUAUCACACCAGAGAACACACACAGGAGAGCAGCCUUAUAGCUGUGAUCAGUGUGGCAAGAGUUUUACUAAUUCAAGAAACCUGCUUUCACACCAGAGAACACAUACAGGAGAGAAGCCAUAUAGCUGUGAUCAAUGUGGCAAGAGUUUUACUCAGUCAAGCAACCUGGUAUCCCACCAGAGAACACACACAGGAGAUCAGCCAUAUAGCUGUGAGCAAUGUGGAAAAAGCUUUUCUUGGAUAGGACACCUUAAAGGACACCAGAGAACACACACAGGAGAGAAACCCUAUAGCUGUAGUCAAUGUGGGAAGAGUUUUACUCAUUCAAGUUAUCUGAAAAAACACCAGAGAACACACACAGGAGAGAAGCAUUAUAGCUGUGAUCAGUGUGGCAAGAGUUUUACUCAUUCAUGCAACCUGGUAUCACACCAGAGAACACACACAGGAGAGCAGUCAUAUUGCUGUGAUCAAUGUGGCAAGAGUUUUGCUCAGUCAAGUAGCCUGGUAUCACACCAGAGAAUACACACAGGAGAGCAGCCAUAUAGCUGUGAUCAGUGUGGCAAGAGUUUUACUCAGUCAAACAACCUGGUAUCACACCAGAGAACACACACAGGAGAGAAGCCUUAUAGCUGUGAUCAGUGUGGCAAGAGUUUUACUCAUUCAAGUAAUCUGAAAACACACCAGAGAACACACACAGGAGAGAAGCCUUAUAGCUGUGAUCAGUGUGGCAAGAGUUUUACUUCAUUAAGCAACCUGGUAUCACACCAGAGAACACACACAGGAGAGAAGCCUUAUAGCUGUGAUCAGUGUGGCAAGAGUUUUACUCAGUCAAGCAACCUGGUAUCACACCAGAGAACACACACAGGAGAGCAGUCAUAUAACUGUGAGCAAUGUGGGAAAAACUUUUCUCAGGGAGAAAGCCUUGAAGAGCACCAGAGAACACACACAGGAGAGAAGCCUUAUAGCUGUGAUCAAUGUGACAAGAGAUACUCUCAUUCAAGUGGUCUGAUUAAACAUCAGAAAAUACAUGCAGGAGAUCCAGAAUGUGGAAUGAUCUCCAACACCAGACCUGGGUAGUAGAACACAGAGUGUGGAAUGACCUCCAACACCAGACCUACAGUUGAAGUCAGAAGUUUACAUACACUUAGGUUGGAGUCAUUAAAACGUAAAAGUAAAGGGUCUGAAUACUUAUGGAAAUGUAAUUUUCUGUUUUUUAUUUUUAAUAAAUUUGCAGCAAAAAAAAAACAACUGUUUUUGCUUUGUCAUUGUGAGGUAUUGUGUGUAGAUACAGUUGAAGUCGGAAGUUUACAUACACUUAGGUUGGAGUCAUUAAAACUCAUUUUUCAACCACUCCUCAAAUUUCUUUGUAAGAAACUAUAGUUUUGGCAAGUCGGUUAGGACAUCUACGUUGUGCAUGAUACAGGUAAUUCUUCCAACAAUUGUUUACAGACAGAUUAUUUCACUUAUAAUUCACUGUAUCACAAUUCCGGUGGGUCAGACGUUUACAUACACUAAGGUGACUGUGCCUUUUAAACAGCUUGGAAAAUUCCAGAAAAUUAUGUCAUGGCUUUAGAAUCUUCUGAUAGGCUAAUUGACAUCAUUUGAGUCAAUUGGAGGUGUACCUGUGGAUGUAUUUCAAGGCCUACCUUCAAACUCAGUGCCUCUUUGCUUAACGUCAUGGGAAAAUCAAAAGAAAUCAGCCAAGACCUCAGAAAAAAGAUUGUAGACCUCCACAAGUCUUGUUCAUCCUUGGGAGCAAUUUCCAAAUGCCUGAAUGUUCCAUGUUCAUCUGUACAAAGAAUAGUACGCAAGUAUAAACACCACAGGACCACGCAGCCGUCAUACCGUUCAGGAAGGAGACGCGCUCUGUCUCCUAGAGAUGAACGUACUUUGGUACGAAAAGUGGAAAUCAAUCCCAGAACAACAGCAAAGGACCUUGUGAAGAUGAUGGAGGAAACAGGUACAAAGGUAUCUAUAUCCACAGUAAAACGAGUCCUAUGUCGACAUAACCUGAAAAGCCGCUCAGCAAGGAAGAAGCCACUGCUCCAAAACCGCCAUAAAAUAGCCAGACUACGGUUUGCAACUGCACAUGGGGACAAAGAUCAUACUUUUUGGAGAAAUGUCCUCUGGUCUGAUGAAACAAAAAUAGAACUGUUUGGCCAUAAUGACCAUCAUUAUGUUUGAAGGAUAAAGGGGGAGGCUUGCAAGCCGAAGAACAUCAUCCCAACCGUGAAGCACGGGGGUGGCAGCAUCAUGUUGUGGGGGUGCUUUGCUGCAGGAGGGACUGGUGCACUUCACAAAAUAGAUAGCAUCAUGAGGGGGGGAAAUUAUGUGGGUAUAUUGAAACAACAUCUCAAGAGAUAAGUCAGGAAGUUAAUGCCUGGUCGCAAAUGGGUCUUCCAAAAGGACAGUGACCCCAAGUAUACUUCCAAAGUUGUGGCAAAAUGGCUUAAGGACAACAAAGUCAAGGUAUUGGAGUGGCCAUCAGAAAGCCCUGACCUCAAUCCUAUAGAAAAUUUGUGGGCAGAACUGAAAAAGCGUGUGCGAGCAAGGAGGCCUACAAACCUGACUCAGUUACACCAGCUCUGUCAGGAGGAAUAGGCCAAAAUUCACCCAACUUAUUGUGGGAAGCUUUUUGAAGGCUACCUGAAAUGUUUGACCCAAGUUAAACAAUUUAAAGGCAAUGCUACCAAAUACUGAAAUAAAUUAUUUUCUCUACUAUUAUUCUGACAUUUCAAAUUCUUAAAAUAAAGUGGUGAUCCUAACUGACCUAAAACAGGGAAUUUUUACUAGGAUUAAAUGUCAGGAAUUGUGAAAAACUGAGUUUAAAUGUAUUUGGCUGAGGUGUAUGUAAACUUCCGACUUCAACUGUAUAUACAUCAAAUCACAUUUUAUUUGUCACAUACACUUGUUUAGCAGAUGUUAUUGUGGGUGUAGCGAAAUGCUUGUAUUUCUAACAAGUAAUAUCUAACAAUACACACAAUCUAAAGGAAUGGAAUUAAGAAUAUAUAAAUAUUUGGAUGAGCGAUGUCAGAGCAGCAUAGACUAAGAUACAGUAGAAUAGGAUAGAAUACAGUAUAUACAUAUGGAUGAGUAAUGCAUAGACUAAGAUACAGUAGAAUAGGAUAGAGUACAGUAUGUACAUAUGAGAUGUGUAAUGCAUAGACAGAUACAGUAGAAUAUGAUAGAAUACAGUAUAUACCAGAGGUAAAACAAUGACUUUGUCCCACAAGUCUCAAGUCUUAGCACUCAAGUCCCAAGUCAAGACAAGCUAUGGGGCGCAAUCGGGCGAUGUAGGCUUUUACACAAUCGCCCAACCUUAACACACGCACACACACACCCUCUCUGUGUG